ACUGCAGAGCUUUCAACUAUGAGACUCGCCCCACCGUCUCGUGUAAACAUCUGCCCUGGGUGGCUGACAGGAGCAAUGCUGAAGUCAAGAGGAAUGUCAACUGUGACCUUUACGAGAAAAAGGUCUAUGUCAGACAGUGCAUUGUGGGUAAAGGAGAAGACUACAGAGGGAAGGUCUUCACCACAAAGAGUGGGCUCAUUUGUCAGCAGUGGUGGUCCAAGUUUCCUCACGAUCACUGGUGGACUCCAACCGCCUCCAAUGGUCUGGAGCUCAACUACUGCAGGAAUCCAGAUGGGGAUAAUAUCGGUCCGUGGUGCUACACCACCGACCCAGAGCGGCGCUACGAGUCCUGCAACAUCCCUCAGUGCAAAGACGAGGUGUGCAUCACCUGUAACGGCGAGGACUACCGGGGUCAGGUGGACCACACGGCGAGCGGCAAAGAGUGUCAGAGAUGGGACCAGCAGCAUCCUCAUCAGCACAUCUACCAACCUGAGAAGUAUCCUGAUAAGAGUUUGGAUGAUAAUUACUGCCGUAACCCUGACGCCUCUCCAGUUCCCUGGUGUUACACCACAGACCCUUUGGUAGAGAGGGAGAACUGCAACAUCAGCAAAUGCCCCACGGUUCAAGUGGAGAAGCGUCAGCGGUCUAGUUUCACCACAAACUGCUUCCGCGGUCGAGGGGAGGAUUACAGAGGAAAGAUCAACGAGACGCUGUCAGGUAUCCCCUGCCAGAGGUGGAAUGCCCAGAAUCCUCACGAACAUCCUUUCUACCCAAACAUUUAUGAAUGCAAAGGUUUGGAGGAGAAUUACUGCCGGAACCCGGAUGGAUCAGAGGCUCCGUGGUGCUUCACGUCUGUGCCUGAGAUGAGGACCGCUCUGUGCCUGCAGAUCAAGCGGUGUGCAGACGACAUAGAAGCUGAGGACUGCUAUCAAGAAAAUGGCAAAAACUACAGAGGCGCCGUCCGCAAAACUCGCAAAGGGGUUACCUGCCAGAGAUGGAACGUGAAUACACCUCACAGGACCAAGAUAAACCCCCUGACGCAUCCUGAGGCCAAUCUGACAGAGAACUAUUGUCGCAACCCAGAUGGGGACCAGCAUGGACCCUGGUGCUACACAACAGACCCCAAAACUGAGUUUGACUACUGUGCCAUCAAACAGUGCGCUGGAGAAAAGGUGUCCCUGACAGAACAAAUAGAGAGAGUGGAGUUCAGUGAGUGUGGAAAGAGGGAAGACCGCAUCCAGAGUUUUUUGCGUAUCGUGAACGGAAUACCUGGGAACUCACCUUGGACCGUGAGCCUCAGAGACAGGAAAGGAAACCACUUCUGUGGAGGAUCUCUGGUGAAUUCUCGAUGGGUGAUCAGCACCAAGCAGUGUUUCUCAUCCUGCUACGUUGACUUGCCCGGAUACUCCGCCAUGCUGGGAACGCUUUUCCGUGACCCACAGGAAGACGAGCCUUCUGUCCAAAUCAUUCCUCUCACCAAGAUCGUCUGCGGACCCUCCGAGUCUCAGCUCGUCAUGCUACAACUGGAAUUCCCUGCUCAGUUUAAUGAGCGCGUGUCUCAGAUCUGCCUGCCUCCUGAGCGCUACAUAGUCCCAGAGGACACAGAGUGUGAGAUUGCAGGAUGGGGGGAGACGAAAGGAACCGGGGACGAGACCGUCCUAAACGUCGCCAAAGUACGAGUUCUCAGUAACAGCGGAUGCAACCAGUACUUCAGAGGUCGUGUCCGUGAAAGUGAGAUGUGCACAAACUCCUUCCAGGGUGGAGUGGGUGCGUGUGAGAAGGACUAUGGCGGCCCUCUGGCGUGCAGGAACAGCGACUGCUGGGUACUCGAGGGCGUGAUCAUCCCCAUGAGGCGCUGCGGACACCCGGGACAGCCCAACAUUUUUAUCCGUGUGUCUGUGUACGUCGACUGGAUCAAGAAGGUCAUGGAGAUGGCCUAGCAACGGAUCCUGACGAUCAAAGUCAUGCGAGGCGCAAUUUCUUCUCAGAAGUCAAUUAAACAUUCAGAUGAGUGAAAUGUGUAAAAUUAGAAUGUUGUCAUUGAGUUAAAGUGCUUUAAUGAUGUGUGUUCUAAUGUAAUUAAAUGUUUUAUUUUUACUUUAGAAGUAACUUAAACUUUAAUUCAAUUUAUUGCGACAAUGUUUAUGCUAAUUAUUUUACAUAUAUAGAAAGCAUCACAAAUGUACAGUACUUCUCUAUUAUCACAGCUGCUAUUGUAAUUUUUUUCAUCACAGAACACAAAUAAAUACUCAUUUCUGCUCCUAA